AUGUCGCAGCCUAAUCUCGCCCAAGGCCUGAAAAUGUCUGACUUCUUUAAUGAUAUCCCGUCGCAUCCCUUCGGGGACGACUUAGACACCACUAUGCUUUCUCAGCAAUUCUCUACUGCGGGUUUAGGGUCGAUUCCCGACUCGACAGCGAGUGCUCCCUUGGGCACUAUCUCGCCCAAGGAUCUGAUGAUGGAUGCUUCGGCCCCACCGUCGGCUACUUUCACGGAUUUGAGCACACCGCCUUCCUUCGAGUCGCCCGGAUACUUCAGCCAAGACACCUCUCCCAUGUUCACAGAGUUGGAAUUCCCGGCAGGCCACGAGCAGUGGGAUCCCCUUUUCCCAACCAAUGACACAGAUGCCUUCUCAGCUGCGUUUGACUCUACUGCCAUGGAGGUCGCCACGGCCAUGCCUCCCCCCAAGGCUUCGCUUCCCCCCAUUCCUCCAUCUCCUGUGGUCAAGGCUCCCUCGUCGCCGGCACCUCAAGCUGCUCCUUCCCCUUCUCCUUCGCGCGCGUCUUCUGCCAAGCCUUCGUCUGUCGCUGGUGUCAAUGCUCGUCAACGCAAGCCUUUGCCUGUCAUCAAGUAUGACUCGAAUGACCCAGUUGCAGUGAAGCGUGCCCGAAAUACCGAAGCCGCUCGUAAGUCUCGUGCUCGCAAGUUGCAGCGACAGGACGAGUUGGAGCGCCGAAUUGCCGAGCUUGAGAAAUCUCUUGAGGAGUCGCAGAAGCGUGAGGCAUACUGGAAGACCCUUGCGCAGAACAACGCAUGA